AUGGCUAAAACGUCACUUUCUCUCAUCUCCCUCCUCCCUACCACACUCCUACUGUUAAUCAUACCCACCACCAAAUCACAGAACAGUGAUUCAUUCUACUACGAUCUCUGUGCACCAUUUGUUUGCGGCAACAUAAAUUUCUCCUUCCCUUUCUCGUCUUCCGAGACCUUCGGUUCUCGCAGGUUCGACUGUGGCCUCCCUCGUUUCCAAAUCUCCUGCGAUAAUAUCACUUCUCUCCCCGGACUCGAGCUCUCUGGCCGACUCUACCGAAUCAAGGACGUCUAUACCUCAGAAAACCUCAUUACCAUUGUUGAUCAUCAGCUCAUCGGAGACCUCCGUACCAACUCAUGUGGGUCACUCCAAAAUAUCACCAUUUCCACCGUCAUAGACGGCGGACCAUUCCUCAGGCUUCCUUCAUGGGACACCAACUUCAGCUUCUUUAAGUGCCCUCAUGGGAUUGAGCUUAAUUCAUCUACGAGAGUUGUGGGGAAUUACAGUUGUAGAGAGGGGAAUUGGGUUUAUCUAUGGGAAGAUGAGAGUUGGAAUUUGACUCGAUUGGUACCUCCGAGAGGCAGGCCAGUGGAGACCCCAGGUGGGUGCCAGUUGGUGACUCUGCCGGUAUUUAGAGCGAGCUUGUCUAGAUAUGGGUUUCUGAAUGGAAGCGGCGGCCGUGGUGGCUCCGGUGAUCGGCAGAUGAAGCUUGUGUUUGAGGUGUUGAGCGAUGGGUUUCCGUUGGAAUGGCUAACUAUUGAGGAUUGUACGACUUGUAAUCAGACAGGUGGACGGUGUGGAUACGACAGCAGCUCGGGGAGAAUACUCAUCGGAGACCUCCGUACCAACUCAUGUGGGUCACUCCAAAAUAUCACCAUUUCCACCGUCAUAGACGGCGGACCAUUCCUCAGGCUUCCUUCAUGGGACACCAACUUCAGCUUCUUUAAGUGCCCUCAUGGGAUUGAGCUUAAUUCAUCUACGAGAGUUGUGGGGAAUUACAGUUGUAGAGAGGGGAAUUGGGUUUAUCUAUGGGAAGAUGAGAGUUGGAAUUUGACUCGAUUGGUACCUCCGAGAGGCAGGCCAGUGGAGACCCCAGGUGGGUGCCAGUUGGUGACUCUGCCGGUAUUUAGAGCGAGCUUGUCUAGAUAUGGGUUUCUGAAUGGAAGCGGCGGCCGUGGUGGCUCCGGUGAUCGGCAGAUGAAGCUUGUGUUUGAGGUGUUGAGCGAUGGGUUUCCGUUGGAAUGGCUAACUAUUGAGGAUUGUACGACUUGUAAUCAGACAGGUGGACGGUGUGGAUACGACAGCAGCUCAAGGAGAAUAGUCUGCUUCUGUAAAGGCGGCUGUAAGUAA